ACAACCACAUUGAGUUAACUUGACGAUGGCUCUACUGGUUUCUAGUUGGUCUAAUGGAAUUCAAUCCGUUCCUAAAGAUUAUGUAAUGCCACCAGAAAGAAGACCUGGCGAUUUCGUUUCAGUUUGCAACGAGAUUCCCGUGAUCGAUCUUCAAGAAAACCCUAAUGUCGACCGAUCACAGAUCGUCCAACAAAUUCUAAAAGCUUCUCAAGAAUUCGGGUUAUUUCAGGUGAUCAAUCAUGGAGUUUCAGCGAAGAUGAUGGAGGACAUUAGGGUUUUGUACGAUGAGUUCUUUAACAUGUCGAUUGACGAUAAGUUGGGCGUUUAUUCCGAAACCUUUGGUACGGGGUGUACGCUUUAUACGAGCGGUUUGGAUUACGCGAAAGAAGAUGUUCAUUACUGGAAAGACACUUUGAAACACCGAUCUUAUCCUUUAGAAGAACACACACCAUCUUGGCCGGAAAAACCUGUCAGAUACCGGGAGGAGGUGGGAAAAUAUGUUGUUGAGGUUCGGAAAGUGGCGUUCAAGAUUUUGGAUCUAAUUGGGGAAGGAUUGGGACUUAAAGAAGGGCACUUCAUCAAAGUGAGCCAGGAACAAGCGAUGGCGAUUAACUAUUACCCGCCAUGUCCGGACCCGAGUUUAGCCAUGGGUAUCGGUGGCCACACCGACCCGAACCUUAUAACCUUCCUUCAACAAGAUCAAUAUGGGCUACAAAUUCAUAAAGAUGGGAAAUGGAUGGGUAUUGACCCUAUUCCAAAUGCUUUUGUGGUCAACCUUGGUUACCAACUCGAGAUUAUAAGUAAUGGGAAGUUAAAGGGUGUGGAACAUCGUGGUGUCACAAGUUCAACUGCAGCUCGAACAUCGAUUGUCACUUUUUUUGGUCCAGAUCCUAUUCUUCCAGUUGUUGUAGAACCUGCAAAAGAGCUGGUUACGUCGAACACUCCCCAGAUGUUCAAAUCAUAUCAAUACAACAACUUCAUAGCCGACUAUUUGGCCUACCUUGUCAAACCACUUCCUCGCACUGGAACACCGUUGGACCCUUAUCGCCUCUAAGCCGGAGUUCUUGGUAAUAAACCU